AUGUCUGAGCCCACCCUGAACCCUUUCAAGUUUUUGCUUGUCUCUCCCUCCGAGCUGCACUCGGCCCUUUCCCAUGCUUCGUCUUCACCCCGUCGCAUCGUCCCAAUGGCGGUGGGGCGGGAAUCAGGACUGAAGUCCUAUGAAACCAAACACAUUCCAGGCUCUGUUUUCUUCAACGUGGACCAAAUCCGCGACUCCAACGCUCCAUACCCAUUCAUGCUCCCCUCACCAUCCCACUUUGCGGUCUCCAUGACCGAACUAGGGAUCCGUGCAGACGACAUACUCGUAAUGUACGACACGCUCGAAACGGGGUUCUAUUUUUCGCCUCGUGUGGCAUGGAUAUGUCGCCAUUUUGGACAUAGCGAUGUUCAUGUUCUGAAUAGUUUCCCACGUUAUGUGGAGCAGGGGUACGAAGUGCUCGAGGGGCAAAAGCCAGAGGCACUGGUAGCUGGGGAAAAUUAUCCCGAGAGGAGUCCACCGGUGUCGAAUGAUGUUAUUGGCUUUAAUGAGUUGCAUACAUACCUUUCUGCCCAUACAAAAACGGAGGGUGGCCAAUAUCAGAUCCUUGACACGAGACCAAAUGACCAGUUCUCCGGAUCGGAUACCGGAGCUGCUAUCACGGGGCAUAUGCCAUCUGCAGUGAAUAUACCACUUAACUCGCUACUAAGCGCUGGUAAAAGUCUACUUCCUGUCUCACAAUUGAAAGGAUUGUUUGAAGCAAAGGGUGUGAAAGAGGGAUUGCCGGUGAUUUUGACAUGUAAUUCGGGAACGACAGCUCCGGCAUUGGGGCUGGCGUUGGAUGUGAGCGGAUAUCAGAUGCCGAAGAGGCUUUAUGAUGGAAGCUGGUUUGAAUGGAGGGAUAAAGCGACCAGAGAGGAAGGACUUAUCAUCACGGAUUGA